AUGGCCGAGAAGGGCCUCCUCAGAAGGAUUUUCACAGCCGUGCAGAAGGCGCCUGAUGCCACGGCAUUGCUAUGGUACGACCCAUCGAGCGGCGUGCACAAGGCAAAGCGCUACCAGAGCUACAAGGAGGUCUGGACGGUGGCAUCGCAGGCCGCCGCGGUGCUCCGAUCACUCUCGCAGCACGAGACGGAGACCGAGAAGACCGCUUUGGGGGAUGUCUCCGUGCGAGUUGGCCUUAUGCUCGGAGGCGGACCGGCUCUUGCGGUGCUCGAGCUCGCAGUGCUGCUGGCGGGCUUCGCUUUGGUGCCGCUGGAUGCAGAAGAGCCACUGCCUCGUCUGCAGUUCAUCAUGGAGGAUGCCGGACCGCUGCUUGCCUUAGUCGUGGCUGAGCCUCAAGUUGAGAAAGCCCAGAUGCUGCUGCAGAAUGGUUCUGGAGGAACAAAGCUUCUCCGAGAUUCCGAACUUUUGCGAAGCGAGGUGGCUGAGACCUCUGACUGUCGACCGCCAGCUGACUUCGUUGAAGAGCAGAUAUCUCACAUCUUUUUCACUUCGGGAAGUACUGGACGUCCUAAAGGUUGCAUGUGCAGCUUCCACAACCUGGUCACAUAUUGCUUGGCGAAGAAUACCAUCCACCAGGUCGAUAGUUCCAGCAUCGUCUUGGUCGCCAGUGCGCACACCUUCGACCCGUCUUUGGGCGACUUCUUCGCCACGUGGGUGGCGGGUGCCACCGUGGCCUUGGCACCACGGGCGGUGCUGCAGGCAGCGCUCGGAAGCUGCCUGAGCAACACCGAGGCGAGCCACAUUCAAACAACUCCUGGGCAUUUUGCCACCAUGGAGGCGGGAGCUGCUCCUCACUUGCGAGUGGUCGCCUUAGGAGGCGAGCUGAUGCCGCAGCCACUCCUUGCUUGGGCCGCUGAUGUCCGUCUGCUCAACACAUAUGGUGUCACGGAGUGCACAGUUUAUCAGGCAGCCGCAGUGCUCUCGCCACAGAGCAGCCCUCGCUUGUUGGGGUCCGCGCUCCCGGGCACAAGGCUGCUGCUCGCAGCUGGCAGAGGCGACGAUCCGAAGACCUGUGUCGAGGACAGCAGCGAUGAACACGGCGAGCUGUGGAUCGCUGGUCCACAGGUCGGCCUGGGGUACGUGAGGCGCCCGGAUCUGACGUCGGAGCGGUUCCGGGACUUCCCGGGCCUUGGCCGCUGCUUCCGAAGCGGCGACCUGGCUGCAGCUCGAGAUGGGGGCUGGCAGCUGCUGGGACGCCGCGACGGUAUGGUGAAACUGCGUGGUCGCCGGGUGGAGCUCGGAGAGGUGGAGGAAGUGUUACUGGCUGCAGCGCCCGAGGUCAUUUCCGCGGCGGCUGCUGUCCUGGCGCAUCCAGGUCCUCGACUUGUUCUGUACUGCGUGCUGCAAGGACAGCAGCCGGCAGACUGCGAAGAAGUGUCCUGUGCGCUGCUGCGACGUUUGGGAGAAGAUCGGCUGCCUCCUCACAUGGUCCCGAGUGCGGUAAUUGCGGUGGCAUCGCUCCCUAUGACCGGUACCGGGAAGGUCUCACGCAGGGACUUGGCACAAAGGGCCUUGCCCGAGGACCCAGAAGGUCAAGCAGACCUAUCUGGGGCCACGGGAAGCAUAGCUGCCGCCUGGAGCGAGGUGCUCGGAGUCCCUGUUCGAAGCCCCAGGGCGCACUUCCUGGCUUUGGGAGGGGACUCCUUGGCUGCGCUGCGCGUGUGCCAGCGCUUGGCCAAGAGGAGUGCAAAAGAGGUGGGCUCCUUCGGCGAGCUCUUGCCGGAGCCUCUGCAGGGGCCUCAGACGACCGAGUCACGGUCAGACAGAGAUGUCCAUUACAUCACAGCCGCUGCCCCCAAUGCCUCCGUCUCUCCCGUUCUGGCCGAAUCGACGGGUCAACAAAGAAGGCGCUCAGAUUCUGAGAACUUCUGA